AAAAACUGAAUUAUUGAGAGAGAACUAGACAAUAGAGCAAAGAGAGAGAGUUUUUUUUUUGUUUUUUUUAAUUCAACUCAGUCAUGUCAAUCCUCUUAUAAGAAAUCUAAAAAUCCCAAAUUUCUCCUCCCAAGAGAGAGAGAGAGACAGAAGAAAAAUUUUUAUUUUUAUAUAUUUUUUUUUAAGAAGGAGGAGAAAAAUCGGCGUCUGUUUUUUGUUUUUUCUUCGGGCUAUUAUCAAUGGUUGAAUUAUAGAAUUCGGAACAAUAUUUCAUUUUUUCCCCUUUCGAAUUUAAGAAGGAAUAAAAAGGAAAAAACUAACUGAAGAUGCGAUCUUAGAUUUGAUUCUGGGAGUGUGGUGAAAUCUAGGCCGUUAGAUUUUCCAUUUUUCGAUUGGUUAUCAGACAGUGAAAAAUACAGGCAGAGACAAACCAAAAAAGAGAGGGAGAGAAAUGAGCGGAGGCGAUGAGGUGGUCGCAGCUCCGGUGGGCCCGCCACAGCCGCUGGAUUGGAAAUUCUCUCAGGUAUUUGGUGAACGAACCGCUGGAGAAGAAGUUCAAGAAGUUUGCACGCAUGAAUAGCAGUAUGCAAAGGUCAUGCAUGGCAAUAAGUUCAGUUGGAUUCAUUGAUAUUAUUUCAGCAAUUGAAUUUGAUAAAACUGGGGAUCAUCUUGCCACUGGUGACCGUGGGGGCCGUGUUGUUCUCUUUGAGAGGACAGAUACAAAGGAUCCUGGUUUGUCAAGAAGGGAUCUGGAGAGAAUGGAUUAUCCAAUUAGUCGGCAUCCCGAGUUUCGUUACAAGACUGAGUUCCAGAGCCAUGAGCCUGAGUUUGACUAUCUCAAGAGCUUGGAAAUAGAGGAAAAAAUCAACAAAAUCAGAUGGUGCCAAACAGCCAAUGGUGCCCUGUUUCUCCUUUCCACCAAUGAUAAAACCAUCAAGUUUUGGAAGGUACAAGAAAAGAAGGUCAAGAAAAUUUCUGACAUGAAUUUGGACCCAUCAAAAACUGUAGGAAAUGGGUGCAUUGCUAGUUCAAGCAAUUCAAGUUGCCCCAAACCUUGUCUUGCUAAUGGAGGCUCCUCUGACAGAUCCUGCAACUAUUUUGGCAAUGACUUUUCUUUCCCACCAGGAGGCCUUCCAUCAUUGCGUUUACCUGUGGUAGUAACAAGUCAGGAGACCAGCUUAGUGGCUAGAUGUCGAAGAGUAUAUGCCCAUGCUCAUGAUUACCACAUCAAUUCUAUUUCAAAUAACAGUGAUGGCGAAACUUUUAUAUCAGCUGAUGAUCUGCGUAUAAAUCUUUGGAACUUGGAAAUUAGCAAUCAAAGUUUCAAUAUUGUUGAUGUAAAGCCUGCAAAUAUGGAGGAUCUAACUGAGGUUAUAACAUCAGCAGAGUUUCACCCUACCCACUGUAAUAUGUUAGCAUAUAGUAGUUCAAAGGGCUCAAUUCGCCUCAUUGAUUUGCGGCGGUCAGCUUUAUGCGAUUCUCACUCCAAAUUGUUUGAAGAACCAGAGGCACCUGGUUCCAGAUCAUUUUUUACAGAGAUAAUUGCCUCAAUCUCAGAUAUUAAAUUUGCAAAGGAUGGAAGAUAUAUACUUAGCCGUGAUUACAUGACUAUUAAGAUAUCACUUGGUUGUCAGUUGUGGGAUAUCAAUAUGGAUUCAGGUCCAUUUGCAACAUUCCAGGUUCAUGAAUAUUUAAGACCCAAGCUGUGUGACUUGUAUGAAAAUGAUUCAAUCUUUGACAAAUUUGAGUGUUGCCUAAGUGGUGAUGGAUUGCGAGUGGCAACAGGUUCCUACAGCAAUCUAUUCCGUGUAUUUGGUUGUGCGCCUGGAAGCACUGAAGCGACAACUUUGGAAGCCAGUAAAAAUCCAAUAAGGAGACAAGUUCAGACUCCCUCAAGGCCUUCCAGAUCCCUAAGCAGUAUAACACGUGUUGUCAGACGAGGAGCAGAAACCCCUGGAGUAGACGCAAAUGGAAAUUCUUUAGAUUUCACAACAAAGUUGCUGCACCUAGCAUGGCACCCAGCGGAAAACUCAAUUGCCUGUGCUGCUGCAAACAGCUUAUACAUGUACUAUGCAUAAAGAUGAUCCAAUAAGAAGUGUGUUUGCUUGGUUCACUUCUUUGGGUUGCUGAUGGAAAAAGCUCCUUUUUCCUGCCAAAUCAGUGAGUUAAAGGCUACAUUUAUUCUCACGCUUCCGGUGCACCUAAAUUCCCUAGCACAUGCUAUAGUAUAAGGUCGAGAAAUGGCUGUCACAGAUCCACGGGGAAGCAACCUGUCUUUGUUCCCGGGCGGGCAGCUUGAUUUUCUUUUCCUCUUCGCUGUCUCUUACCAAACCCCAAAAAUCCCUUUUGCCUCUUCUUUUCUUCCCUUUAACCCCUCCCCUAUCUUCUUCUGAAAUAGAAGAUGGAGUAAUGUUUCUAGAUUAGUGUUGGGUUGAAGUUAGCACAAAAUGUGAUUGUAGCUCUCCUACAACAAAACUAAGGGAUGUUCAUUACCUGCCACUAGGUUUAAGGUAAAUGUAGUUUUUGUUUUUUUUUUUGCUCAAAAUCUUGGUGGGAAGGAGCUGUUGAAACUUGCAGUGCAUCAAU